GAAUGAACUACAAAGGUCACAAGAAGUCGAAGCGGAGUUACGAUCCAUGAAGGACUCUAUACAGAAUGUGGAGCAAGUGUACAAUGACGAACAGAUCAAAAAUUUGAGUACACAUAAUGCGGCACUGCAAAAAAGGUGGCAGGAAUCGCAGCAACAAGUCGCUUCUUAUGCCGAAAAAUGCCGCCACCAGGAUCGAGCGAUUAAAUCAGCGCAACAGGAAUUAGUACGAUUGCAGAAAACCAUCCAGCAGUUACAAACUUUACGGAAAAAUGAUGAAGAACUCAACAACCUAAAACACGAAAUGGAGGCUCAGAAGUUAGCUUUUGAGGAAGAAAAGAUUGAAUUAAACAGACAGCUGCAUGCGGAGCGAGCACGUUGUAUCGAACAAGAAGAUGCUUACUUGACACUGGCGAAACGGUUAAAACAUGCGGACCUCCAUUAUAAACCUGGUUUUAUGGACGCUUUACAGAUACGAGGGGUCCAGGUAUUAUUUGGUAUCUUGCUUGGCAUUGUUUCUGCAUUGUUGUACAGUCUGUCCAAUUGGAGUUCGACAAAUUCUGAAGUAAUUUGUCCACCGUAAAAAGAAAGCCAGAAAAAAAAACCAAAAGAAAAAGGGUUGGACGGCUGUCAAUCGCCGAUGAAAAAUAACAUCUAUUGACGUGCUUGGUCCCUUUUUGCGCUACACCAGCGAUCUGUCAUAUGAUAUGAUGCCCAUGUUGUGUCGCCAUACCAUCAUUUUCUUGACCUUCUAUCAUCCACUU